CCGCAUACCCCUUGCCGCUUCAUGAUAAAUUGAUAAUGAUAGUUUUAUUACGCCUAUAAAUAAAUGAACUCUAAUCGCCACCGCAAAGUAGAUUGAUUAGGCUGCAGAGACGUCGCUUUCAUUGAAUCCUUAAUCCUCCUGCACAUAAAUGGAGAGCAUAUGAUCUUAAAAACCCACAUAUAAAUGUAUCCCCUCUCCGGGCCCAGAUGCUUUAUGUUGCUUCAAUUGCUAACUUGAUGCUACUUCCACAGGCAAGAGGGGCCCUUUUAUCUUUGCUUCCUUAAUCAAAUACAGUACAAGUUCUCUAAAAUCCCCCACAUCACCGUACACAUACCCUUUUCUCUUUCUCUCUCUAGAAUUAUCAGAAAUGAAGGGCUCAGAUGAACAUGCAGGUGCAGGAGGAGGAGGAGGAGGGAUAGGAGGAGAUGAGAUCUGGCUGGAAGGAAACGCGGAGGAAGAUCUAUUGGUAGACGUGAACGACCCCUCCAUUUUCUACAGCGACUUCCCCCCGCUCCCCGACUUCCCCUGCAUGUCUUCGUCCUCGUCCUCGUCCUCUGCCCCGGCCCCGCCUCCCAAGCCCAUCGCUUCCUCAGCGUCGUCGUCGUCCUCCUCUUCCGCUGCGUCAUGGGCGCUCCUGAAGUCCGACGCGGAGGAGUCCUACGCGGACAAGAACCGCGACCAGCCGGUUGCAGUUGCACCGCCGUUGCCGGUUCCCGGGCCGCCGGAGGACGGCAUCGAUUGCAUGGACGUGAUGGAGACUUUCGGGUACAUGGAGUUGAUGGACUCCAACGAGAUAUGGGACCCGUCUUCGAUUUUCCAAGCCGACAAUCCUCAACCUCCGCACGAAGAAUCUCUCUUGCAUCACCAGCAGCAGCAACAGUAUCAUCAUAACGACAAUUACUUGUUGCAAAACGAGGUUGUCCAGGAGCAGCAGAAGGCGCCGGCGCCGGUGCCGGUGGACGAACUGGGAACAGUGUUCUUCGAGUGGCUCAAGUCGAACAAGGAGUACAUAUCGGCCGAAGACAUGCGGAACAUCAAGCUGCGGCGAGCCACGGUGGAGUCGGCCUCGAAGCGGUUGGGGAGCACGAAAGAGGGCCGGAAGCAGUUGUUGAAAUUAAUCCUCGAGUGGGUCGAGAAUUACCAGCUCCAGAAAAAGCAAGCCGCCGCAGCAGCCGCCUCCUCGUCUCAAUUCCCAUUCCAAGAGCCUUUCCAAAACCCUAACCCUAAUUGCAAUCCCAUUCCCUCUCCUGAUAAUAUAAACCCUUGUUUCCCACCCUCCACGUGGCUGCAUCCCGCGCCACCGCCGCAACCGCAGUACGUCGCCGAUCCGACGGGGUUUCCCUACGGCGGUGAUUUGUACACCGGUGGUGGCCCGUCUAACUAUCAGACGGAAUAUCAAACGCUGGAGACGGCCCAAACCUGGCCUCCGUCAUCGGGCCCGCAGCAGCAGUACCCAAUGGGGGCUGCCCAGAUCCAAUUCAACCAAUUUCCGGAGGCUAAUACUAACAGUAAUGUUGUUACGGGUAUUCCGAAUCAACAAGGGUUUGUGGGGUACGGAGGGAAUCCGUAUCAGUAUCAGCAUCAGUAUAGUUACCAGGGGAACAACAACAAUGGGGAGAAGUUGGUUAGGUUGGGUUCUUUGGCGACGAAAGAGGCGAGGAAGAAGAGGAUGGCGCGACAGAAGCGGUUUCUCUCUCACCACCGGCACCAUCAACUCCAUCAGCACCAUAAUCAUAACCAACAGAAUCAGCAGCUUCAGAUGAUCAGUCAGAAAGUGGAUCACAAUCAGCAAGUUAUAAGCAUUGGUGGCUGCGAGAGUCGUAGCGCGGCAGGUCAAGUCAAUCCGGGGGCGAACUGGGUUUAUUGGCCCAAUGCUAAUGCUGCCGGUUGUUCGUCUGUGCCCGUGGUGGUGCCUGCGGAGGCACCGCCACCACCACCACAAGUGGUGGCGGACUGCCCUCCUCCUGUUCAAGGGCAAAAUAGUCAGCAGCGGCAGGUUCAUACCGAAAAGCGGCAGGGAUGGAAACCUGAAAAGAACUUGAAAUUUCUUCUCCAGAAAGUGUUGAAGCAAAGUGAUGUGGGUAAUCUCGGAAGGAUUGUGUUGCCCAAAAAAGAAGCUGAAACCCAUCUUCCAGAGCUGGAGGCCAGGGAUGGAAUUGCGAUUACAAUGGAAGACAUUGGAACUUCUCAGGUCUGGAACAUGCGCUACAGUCUCAGAUUUUGGCCGAACAACAAAAGCCGGAUGUAUCUCCUUGAGAACACAGGAGAUUUUGUCCGAGCAAAUGGACUCCAAGAAGGAGAUUUCAUAGUGAUAUACUCAGAUGUAAAGUGUGCGAAAUACAUGAUAAGAGGAGUGAAGGUGAGACAACCAGGACCAAAAUCCGAAGCCAAGAAACCAGCGAAGAGUCAUAGAAGAUCAUGUACAGCAGCGCAAGCCGAUGGUAGUGGCUCCUCCUCCCAACCAUCACGAAGAGCGUGAAGGCUGAAUGGAAAUGAAGCUGGAAAACCUUCCCCUGAAGUCCCAUUGCCUUUCCCUAUCUGCGUUUGAUAUGACAUGGGCCGGAAUGCUAUGACAAAUCCUUUGUCAGGGUCUUCGGUAUUUUGUUAUCGGAUGCUUAAUUGUCGUAAUCGGAGGUACUCAAAAACUUUAUAUAUAAAUAGGGUUUACCCUGUACGGAUCAUAUUUUGGGGUGGUAUACCCUUACUUGUAACCUUUUAGUAUGAAAUAUUGUAGAAACUGAAAUCUGUAUGUGUUUAGGGUUUCCUUUGGUAGGGGAGUCUCUUUUCAUUCAGGGUCAAUUUCACUGAAAUCUGUACUGGGAGAAUGUGUAUGGUUCCUAACAUACUUAUUUAAUGUACUUCAGGUAAUACUUCUUGAUAUGCUACUUAAUUUUGAAAUAAGAAUCUCUCUGCAUCUUU